GGGCGGCAGCGGGCAUGGGGAGGCACUUUUCCUCUGCCCGGCAGCUCUGCGGGACCCCAGUCGGAGCCGGCCCGAGGAGGAGGAGGAUCCUAGGACCCAGGAAUAUUUUAGUAGACAAGCCUAAUGAUCAGUCUUCAAGGUGGUCUUCAGAAAGCAACUACCCUCCCCAGUAUUUGAUUCUGAAACUCGAAAGACCUGCCAUAGUCCAAAGCAUCACCUUUGGCAAAUAUGAGAAGACUCAUGUCUGCAAUUUAAAGAAGUUUAAAGUCUUUGGUGGGAUGAACGAAGAAAAUAUGACAGAUCUAUUAUCCAGUGGCUUAAAGAAUGAUUAUAACAAAGAAACAUUCACCUUGAAGCAUAAAAUUGAUGAACAGAUGUUCCCCUGUCGAUUCAUUAAGAUAGUUCCAUUGUUGUCAUGGGGGCCCAGUUUCAAUUUUAGUAUCUGGUAUGUUGAACUGAAUGGCAUUGAUGAUCCAGAUGUGGUCCAGCCCUGCCUCAAUUGGUACAGCAAGUACCGUGAACAGGAAGCCAUUCGUCUCUGUCUAAAGCAUUUUCGCCAGCACAACUACACUGAGGCUUUUGAAUCGCUGCAGAAGAAAACCAAGAUUGCGCUAGAGCACCCAAUGUUGACAGACUUGCACGACAAGCUAGUGCUGAAAGGAGACUUUGAUGCUUGUGAAGAAUUGAUAGAAAAAGCUGUAAAUGAUGGCUUGUUUAAUCAAUCUAAAAGUACCAAAGGUGAUGGAGAGGACAGCAGACCAGGAAUGAGAGGAGGCCAUCAGAUGGUCAUUGAUGUACAGACAGAAACUGUUUAUUUGUUCGGUGGCUGGGAUGGGACUCAGGAUCUGGCUGACUUCUGGGCAUACAGUGUGAAGGAAAACCAGUGGACCUGUAUAUCUAGGGAUACAGAAAAAGAGAAUGGUCCUAGUGCUAGAUCUUGUCACAAGAUGUGCAUUGAUAUUCAGCGAAGGCAAAUCUACACAUUGGGCCGUUACCUGGAUUCCUCUGUGAGGAACAGUAAAUCUCUGAAGAGCGAUUUCUACCGCUAUGACAUCGACACGAACACCUGGAUGUUGCUAAGCGAAGACACGGCAGCAGAUGGAGGUCCCAAGCUGGUGUUUGAUCAUCAGAUGUGUAUGGAUUCAGAGAAACACAUGAUCUAUACGUUUGGAGGUAGGAUUUUGACGUGUAAUGGCAGUGUAGAUGACAGCAGAGCCAGUGAACCUCAAUUUAGUGGAUUGUUUGCUUUUGACUGUCAAUGUCAGACAUGGAAACUGUUAAGAGAAGAUUCGUGUAAUGCUGGACCUGAGGACAUCCAGUCCAGAAUAGGACACUGCAUGUUAUUCCAUUCGAAAAACCGCUGCUUAUAUGUAUUUGGUGGGCAGAGAUCGAAGACUUAUUUGAACGAUUUCUUCAGUUACGAUGUUGACAGCGAUCAUGUGGAUAUCAUAUCAGAUGGCACCAAGAAAGAUUCAGGGAUGGUUCCUAUGACUGGUUUCACUCAGAGAGCCACCAUUGAUCCAGAACUGAAUGAAAUCCAUGUGUUGUCUGGGCUCAGUAAAGACAAAGAGAAACGGGAAGAGAAUGUUAGGAACUCUUUCUGGAUUUAUGACAUUGUGAGGAACAGUUGGUCUUGUGUCUAUAAGAAUGAUCAAGCAGCAAAAGAUAAUCCAAGUAAAAGCCUUCAGGAGGAAGAGCCCUGCCCAAGGUUUGCCCAUCAGCUGGUGUACGAUGAGUUGCACAAGGUUCACUAUUUGUUUGGAGGAAAUCCUGGCAAAUCCUGCUCUCCAAAGAUGAGACUGGAUGACUUCUGGUCAUUGAAGCUCUGUCGGCCUUCAAAGGAAUACCUGCUGAGACACUGCAAAUACCUCAUAAGAAAGCACAGGUUUGAAGAAAAGGCCUUAACGGACCCACUCAGUGCACUGAAAUACUUACAGAAUGACUUGUAUGUAACUGUGGAUCAUUCUGACCCCGAGGAGACAAAAGAGUUUCAGCUUCUUGCUUCAGCACUGUUCAAGUCUGGUUCAGAUUUCCCCACUCUGGGAUUUUCAGAUGUUGACCAUACCUACGCGCAAAGAACUCAGCUCUUUGAUACAUUAGUAAAUUUCUUUCCUGACAACAUGACUCCUCCAAAAGGCAACUUGGUAGACCUCAUCACACUGUGACGGAAAAAUCUCGGGACUUGUGGAAGCGGGGUGGGGGGAAGCAUCCAUUUUCAGCAUUUAAAUUUUUUUUUUUUUUUUUUUUUUUACUGCAUUGAUUGACUGCUGUGUGCAGUAAUAUAGUGAGUGAUCCCUGGGUCUUUGAAAGGGGCUUUAUACUUGUGUAAAGAAUACCUGAGGUUUUCCCCCUUGUUGAAUUAGGCAAUAAAAUGUAACUGACAUACAUAUAUAUACACACACACACAUAUAUUUUCUGAUUUUUGACUUAACAGCUAAUGUAAGAAGAAAUAAUCAAUCAUGCAGUCAUCCUUUCUGCUUUUCAGGGAAAUGCUGAGAUUUUUCAGGCUCUUUGAAACUGAAGAUGGCUUUACUUUUUUUUUUAAUGCCCCUUGCUUUAUUGUAACUAGUCAUGACGUUUGUUUUGCCCUGCUGGCUUUAUUCACAGCAGUUGUGUAACUCGUCAGCAGGACUUUGCUGUACGUUAAGGUAAUGUGUGUCUUUAUUGACUUGAGUCUUGUAACUGUAAUGUACAGUGUGAAGGAGGAUCUCUCAAAUUUGCCACCCUCUUUUAGUGUUGAGAAACUGACUAACACUAGUGUGUAACUGGAUUUGCUGCAGAGUGUGAACAUAAAUAUUUAGAUGGUGCUACUGUAAAUGCCUGGCUUCCAUUCUCUGAAGCCUUCUACUUAAAGCUAGUAGUCAAGUUUGAACCUCAGAAAACCCUUUGAAAAUAAGUGCAGACGGUGCUGGUACAAGCAUUUCUUCGGGGAUGGUUUUAUGUCUGUGCCUAUCCUGUGCUGGUUUCAUAACAAACUUUGCAAAUCUUUGUAGAUUUCUACAGAAUUGGGUCUUCCACAUCCCCCAUGCCCACUCUGCACUUCUACAGCACUUCAGCCUGGAUGCAGUUUUUCCAAAGCAGCACAUCUGGGUUUACAUACCUGUUGGCUCUGUGUGUGUAUUUGUGCACGAAUGUGAAAUUUAAUGAAGAUUGUUUUCAACAGCUUGUUUUUCAUCCUUGUCCUAUGUAGCGCAGCUCAUUUAAGUGCAGCUUAGAAUUCUGUGCACAAAGGCCUCUCCCCUCAUUUAAAGUUUGGAUCUAUUAAAGUAAGCUGAAUGUGUAUGUCCAGAAAAUGGACUUUAUUUUCACCUUUGCAGAAAAUGUUUUUUGUAUGUAGGCCUAAAAGUUGGGCGCUGCACUGUGUCCAUAAAGUAUAAUGGACACGUGCACCUCAUGUUAGCAUAUAUUCAGUGCCAGAAAGCAUGCAGUUCAAACUGGUUGAUAAAUUAUAUAAAGACUAUAGAGAUUCAUGUCUAGAGGGCCAAGAGCCCAUUGGACAGGAGUCCUGAUUUCCUGUGGCUGAAUAACUUACAAUACUUCCAGUAAGUUCAGUGUAUAUGCAAGGAUGGAUUGGACUUUUUAAAUGAAAAGAAAUGACAAUGAAGAAUAUUUUUUCAUAGUUCUAGUAUCCUUGUGCUUUCAUUCAAUUAGCCCCCUUCCUCCCAGCUCCAGUACAUCAGAAAUGAUGAAGAAAAAAUUGUAAUAUUUCACUUAAGCUGUUAAACUUAACAGAAAUUAACAGUACAUUAGAGGCUGGAUUUGCUUUAAAAAGUUAUUAGACUGGACAUUUUUUUUCUUGAGAAGAUUAUAGAUAUAGCUUUUUUAAGUUAUCGCUAAUUUACUGUUUGGCAAGUAACUGAUAAAUCAGAAAAUCAAUGGAAUGCACAGUUGAGCAAAUACAAUGUCAAAGUUUUCCCAGUGACAUGAAAAAGUGCCGUGCCACAGUUUUUUACUGCAUGUUGUAACCUUCUGGUUUUUGCUAGAUAAAGGUGUGUUAAACCAUAUGGAUUAGAACUUUGCUGAUUAGUUUUGCUAAUCUAGAGAUAAAAUUACAGUCAUUAGCAUUGUGCCAUAGCAUUGCUGUCCUGUAACUAAAUGACAUUUUGCAGUCCUCAAAUCCCAAGGUUUACAAUUGUGUGCUAUUUAUCAUAGUAGUGUGAUUAUGCCUUGUGUUCACAGAAACAAACUUGCUCACAACUUCAAACAGGUAAUGCUUUUUUUUUCAUUCCCUUUCUUUUUCCCCAAAAAAGCCUUUCUAAUCAGUUUGUCCCAAGCAUUUGCUCUUCUAAUUUUCAUCUCUGACUGGUGGUGUUUUUUAGUAUGUUACCUUUUAACUUUAUUUAAAUAAAGUUGAACCAAAGUGAAACCAGUUAUUACAUAGUAGCCAAGAGUGUAGAUUUAGUAAAACAUUUAAUAAAAAGAACAAAUAUAUCAAGAUGGUAACCUCAUUGAGAAGCAUAUCUUGCAAAUCAAGCUGUGAUUAAGUGAAUACAUAUUCACUUCAUUAAAGUAAGGCAUGAUCUCUGUGUGAUUUGAUGGGAGACUUUCAAACACAAUUAGCUAGGAUGUGUGUGAUUUUACUGAAAACUGUCCCAGGUAAAAAUCUCAUGGGCUUAAGCCUAUUCUCUUAGGGGCAGGUGGGAGGUUGUAGAUGCCUGUAAGUACAGAAAGUUAAAUUUUCUAGCUUAGUGCUUCAUCCACAGUGACUGAUGAUCCGGUCUCUUAACCUAAGAUAAUGGAAGUACUUGAAUAUCAAAUAUUGAUGCACAUCUGUUACAUACACAGACAAGGUUUACUAAUUCUCUCCCUCCAUACACAUACCAUUGUGUGCAUUUUAUUGCUUCUAGCUGGUGAUUAACUAGCUGCCAUUUCCACGGCUCCUGUCCUUUUAAAGGACUGUUUGAUGUACAACUUGACACACAUGCAUUUGCAGCUGUAUAUUUAUGGAGCAAUCGAGGCACCCUGUGGCCAGAUAGGUUUACCUGAAGUGUUUCCUAUGGAUUUGCUGCAAGGUAUCCACUACUUCCUUGCCCUUUUUAAGGUUAGUAAUCAUAAUUAAAUGAUUGGUGCUUUGUCAUAGUAUAUACUGCAUCUCUUGUAUAGCGGAUACAAAUAGUACAAAAAACUUACUGCUCAGUUUCCUGAGAAUGUACAGAAAUUUCUGUAAUAGCCUGUUAAAGUACUGUUGUGAUAUUAGAUGUUUGGAUUGUAUUAUGCGUGUGAGCAUCAUUCCAGGAACUAACUAGCUCCAAGCAUUAUGAAAAUAGAGAUGUCCAAACAGAAGAGAUCAGGUUUUUUUAGAAAUGUCAUUUUGGAAGACGUGUUGUAUAGUACACUCACUGGAUAACCACAUAAAUAUAAACACGUGCUUUAUUCAGCGCUAUCUUCAUAUGCGAUCCUGCUUAUUACAUAGUGCCUCAAAACACUUUAACAUCGAGCCUCCGUCCUGGCGUGGAGCACAUGAAAUAAUAUGUAGUUUACAUGAUCUUUACUUUAUAAAUGUAUUGCCACAUGUUAUCCACACUGCAACUCUAGGACAUUUCAUUACAUGGAAAUUUAAAUUGGAUAUUCUAAAAUAAACAUUGUCCCUUUAGCUUUAGUGAACAUUUUCUACCAACUGAAGUCAGUAAAACCAAGACUGUUUUCACACACAACUGGUUUAUUUGUAGGGAUUUAUAUGGGGGGAGAAAAAGCUUUGUACCAACAAUUUGAAGAAUCAGAAGUGAUCAUUUAAAUGUCUGCUAUAUCCAGUGCUUCUAGCAGAGCUAAUGUCUUUACUGUUGUUGGUCUUCAGGAUGGUUUUCUUUGGGACCGUGUUCAGUAGAUAAGUUUUUAUUUACAUCAAGGCUGUUCUAUGUAUUCCCCUAAGUAAAUGUUCCUGAAAAGCUGUGUACAAGUCUUCCUCAAAAAACAAGGCCCUUUGCCUACUGCAGAUUGACAGAACGGAAUCCAACGUUGGUUUAUUGCCUUAGACGUGGGUCGUGAACUUGUGGGAGUGAAAACAAUACCUAGCACACCACUUGCCAGUGGAUCAGAGAGCAGAAAUCCAUACAUGUCCAUAUGUAUCGUGUGUUUUAAAUAAACGUGUAUCUUUUGGAUUCUUUCAAAAAUAGUAUAUUAGGUAACAGCAUCGUAUGUAAAGUGGGACAAAAGGAAGGUUUUUUGCUUAAUUUUUUUUUAAAGAAAUCAAAUUGACCAAUAUUCCAUUAGACUGUUAUCUGUAGUGGGAGGUCUCAGUUGUGACAGUGAUAACACAUUUGUCUGCAGGAUGAUAAUUGUUUAAACUAGCUACUUUUCUUGUCUAUCCUGACCCUGAGACAGUUUUGAGGUAUAAUUUGUCAUAAUCCAAACCCUUUUUUCUUGCUAUCAUAGUGAAGGGUGGUCAUUGCUUGUAAUCAGAAGAGGAGCUUAUUCUGCCCUUUGCUCCCAUGCACAGUACCCCUUAUAUGUAGUGUUUAGCUGAGAACAGUAGAAAUUUAAAUACUACAGGGCGUUCCCACUGUAAGUCACUCCGGUAUACAUCCGUUCCACACUGAAGUCAUUGAUGCGUGUAGGAAUUGAUGCAUUCAUUAUAAGUUCUCCAAUUCACUGCUCUGAAGUCCUGCAAGAAAACCCAACAAAACAAUUUGCGCGAAUGGAAGUCAGCCAUGGGGGGGAAAAAAUUCCCUGCUUUAAGUUGUUUCGCUAUCCGUCCAAGUUGUUUGCAAGGAUCUUGGACUUAUAGCAAGGAUGGCCUAUAGUAUGUUAGGUUGCCUGUGAUUUUGUGUGCGCAUAAAUUUCAGGUUGAUUUAUGAGUAAGGUCUCAGGUAUUGUCUAUGGAAUGGUUUUCAAAGCCAUGUUGAAGCAUUUAUUUUGAAACAUCAGUGUGGGUAGAUAGUCACAAAGGGUUUGCCAACAGACCUUGGGUAUCAGAUUUUAGCUUGAUCAGCCUUGAUGGUGUACUUCAGAAAAGCCCCUGCACUGAUUUUUCUUCAAGAAUAGUUUUGACUGAGACACAGAAAUGGCGUCCAAUGUAGGCAUUCUUUUCCCUGAGGAAACCCAUCUUUCUUGCCAGAGACAUCAGUAAGGUGAAAACUGCUGAGCAGAAUAUAAUUAAUCUUUACACUUGCAUAACUCUCUUCCCAAGAAUGAAUUGCAAUAAAUAAUCCAUUAUUUCUGGAUGGGAGGUAGUAUCAUCUCUUAUGUUCAUAGCUAAUUCUUUCUUCUUCCCAGAACCUAAAAAGAUCUGUCAUCCUAUGUAUGGAAAUGUAUGUUAUAAAACCAGUUGCUGGAGGAAACAGACUUGGUAUACUGAGUUUUAUUUUUUCACCUGUUUCUUCUAUGAACAAAAAAAUCGGGAAAUCUUCAAUUGCUCAUGAAUGAAUCUGAUCUACAGUGUAAUAGGUUGCAUGUCUGACUUCACAUCUUUUCCUGCAGUCGUUAUAUCUCUUGUGAGAUGGAGAGUAUAAAAAGUCAUAAAUUUGCUAUAGCUUGCUAUCAGCUUGUUAGAGUAUCACACAGAAAAAGCAUUACAGAAUAAGCACCACUAAUCUCCACUCAGUGGUGACUACACAAAAGCUAUGAACGCUAUAUAGUUUAAGUUGGUAGAAGUUAUGUCACUCAGGAGGAUGAAUGAGACCUCCCAUCAUCUCUCUCCCUCUCCCCCGGGACCACCGUUGUGGUGGUGUGGACAGCAUCAUGUCAACUGGAGAGCUACCACCACCACUUGCAGGUUCUGGAGUAAACUGACAGGAGAGCGCACUCCUAUCAGCACAAUUGUGAAAUUAUCUAGCACAGGAAUAUAGUAUAUCCUUGGAGAUUGGGCACGUAGCAUUUUGCAGUGUUGAGAAAUGCUAUAUCUUUUAGUACAAUCAAAGAAUUGGGUGUAGGUAUUGGCAAAGGACAUUAAGAGCAGGUGACUUGGUGUAAAAGAAUAAAUUGCAUGCAUAACCUGAGCAGACUACAGUAAUUUAAAGAUGCAGAGUCAAAAGUUUCUGCAUCUAAAUUAUAUUAGGAUUUGUACAUUUGUAGUGAGAAAUGUGCAAAUCCUAAUAUAGUUUAGAUGGAGUUAAAAUGAAAAGUUAUUUUUGGUUGAAUUUCUCCCGACUACCUGAUCAAUGUGGCAAACUAAACACCCGUAGCAUUAAUGCAGGAAAACCAGAAAGUAAAUUGGCGAAUUAAUAUGUGAAAGUGCAUACUCAAUGGCCAAGUCCAAUUUUAUUGUCUGUGGAGUAGAGUGUAGUGGGAAAAGUUGGGAUAAAUGAAAGGAAAAUAGGUAGCUAAAAUUCCUUGAGUAUUUGGAGGUAAAUUUAAUAAUAUAAGUAAGGAAUUUAAAACUCGAAUUAUUCAGUGACUCUUUACUUGCACAUUUUGAAAUAAAAUCCCAGCUCCUGUAUUGUUGCCUUGUUCUUCGCAUCAAAAAAGCGUCUAUUGGCAAUGGGGAAGUGCUGUGUGAAGCCAUGAGAGAUGCCCUGGAAAAGAGAUGGGGUUCUCUACUAUAUGGUGGUGGGAGAUGGGAAUUCCUGAUAGGGCUCUACAGCAAAUUCCUCCUGUCAGUUUGAGCCCUGGUGAUCUCCAAAGAUAUCUGUGGUUUGAGAAGCAGAAGCAAGAUGCAGCUGUGUGUAUUGGGGGAGCGGGGAGAUUGAGACAGGGUGGAGUGGGGUUGAAUUAAGGAAAAAGGGUUGCUUGCUCGGUGGCAUGGAGUUUAAAAUAGUGGAUAAAGGAGACCUGGAGGAUGUAAUUGCAUCUGGUCUUCAAAAGAUUUGAUAAGUUCUUCAAAAGCCUGUUCUGGAAUCUUGAUAACUGGUGUGAAAAGAGGGAACGCUGUCAGACUCAACACUGGUGUAGUAGUAGAGGGGAAAGGCAUGAAUAAGCAACUAAGGGCUUGUCUACAUUACCACUUCAGUGGAUGUAAAUUCUGUCACUCGAGUGUCUGCAAAAAGACACCUUCCUAAGCAAUGCAAGUUGUAUUGAAAGUGGCAUCCACACUGCACUGUGCCAGCAUAGUGCAUCUUCACAGCGGUGUGACUGUCAGGGUAGCACAGUAGCGUAGACUAGCCCUAACUUUUGGCUAUGGGAUGAUUUUAAUGUGCAUGUAGACUAGUUGCAACUAACUCAGAAUGUAUCCAGAAAAAGAUCUAGCCACUCUUGUGUCAGCUUAACAAAAAGUUCUGCUUGUUUCAGAGUCUGGUCUGUAUUAGCAGGAGGAUAACGAAUAAUAGAAUACCAAUUUACCAUAAAGUGCCCACCUCCAAAUCCCGAGUCUUCGUCAUUUUAAGUACUUUUCAGUUUUGCGUAGUUGGUGCAGUGAGUUAUGGGUGGCUAACACUUUCCUCUGAAAGCCACAGGAUGUGGUUCAUUUAUUUAUGUGAAUAUGAUAUUAGAAGUACUGUAAUGAGUACAGCUUUAUACUGGGUGCAGCAUGAGGACAUCAGCUUUAUGGUAUUCCUUUAAUUGCUACCCUUACUUAACUAGUACUAGUGAAAUGAAUUGGUAAAUGAGGAAUUUGUAGAUACACUGGAAAUACAGGAUUGUUUUGGUUGGUAAAAUUGGUUUUGCUAGCUGCAAGCUCUGCUUUGCUCACAUAAUAAUAAUGACGCAUGAGGAAUCAAUACUGCAUGUGACACCUGUUUGCUUCCCAGUUUCUGGCCUUUUAAAAUGAGCUCUUGGCUUGAGGGGUAGUUAUUUUGCCACUUUGGUGAACUUAAGUGUUCAGGAAACAGAUUUCUUUCUUUUCUCUUUCAAUAAUGUUUGUUUGUUAAUCUGCACAAUCUAAACAUACUGAUGGAUGUCACUUUGCUAAACUUUGAAAAUAAAUGUUGUCCCAUUGACACGGGUCAGAAACCACCGGGGAUAGUACCUUGCUAUACACUUUCAGCUGUUUCUCCAGCAUGUUAACGUGUGUAUUUUUAGUUGUGCCACUCGGUUUUUUGAAAGGCAGAGGUUAAAACAUGAGUCCUCCUCAGAGAGGUGUCUUAAGACGUGUCAGCCUGGGGAAAUUCAAGCAGACGAGGUUUUUUAGCAGUGUAGCUUCCCAUGUGGCUGCUCUGUUCCAGAAAACUACUCUGCUUUUGAGUGCACUAAUUAUUAUGGAAUGAAUCUAUUUUUAUUUCGGAACAGCAGCCAUGUGGGGGUUGAUUCCAGUCAGCUUUCUCAGGUAGAUAUGCCCUUAACAGAAGAGGGUUCCCUUCAAGGAUGUAAAAUCCUCUUUGUUUGUUUAACUGGUUAAACAACAUUUAACCAGUUAACUAGUUAACCGGGGUCAUGCAGAGGGGCAGCAGUGUGGGGUGGCAGCUGGUUCCCUGAGAGUGGGCCCAGAUGUUGGAGCUGGCUUAAAAGCCAGCUUCCAGUAUGCACCAGCUGCCACCUCAUGCUGUGGGCUCUGCAAUAGGAAGCUUAUAUUAUAGCGCCUGCAGCGCAGCUGGCUCUCCAGGAGUUGGGUCAGGAGCCGGUUCCCAGCGUGCGCCGGCUGCCGGCCCUGAUUCUGGGGAGCUGGCUGCACUGAGGGCUUUGCAGUAUAAGCUUUAUACUGCAGAACCUACAGUGUGCAGCCACUAAGAUUUUUCAGCAGUUACAGAGUUACAUAAUUAACAGCUUUUUAACAUCUGUAAGUGGUUGUCAGAUCUUUUAUGUAAGAUUUUUGCUCUUUGGUUCGGAUUGUCUAUGUUGGCAUUCUCAGCAAAGGGGCAAAGGAUCAAAUGGAGUUGUGAACUGGGUUACCCACAUAUGCCUGGAGUUACACCCCUAGGUCUCCAGCACAUGGCUAUGUCCUCCCAAUAGUGAAAAUAGUAUGCAGGGACAUUUUAUUUCUGCUGCCUCUGUUGUGCCUGAAUUUAAUGGGAGGGUUAGUUCAAAGCCCAUUGCACAUUUAAGUCCUAAACUGCUAAUAUGGCCCAGUUUCCACAUGUGGGCCAACUCUUUACCUGCAGCAACCCAAGCUCAGGGCUCUUUCUGAAGUUAAUGCACUUCUUAUGGGCGCCUUCCUUCUCUGGGUUGUCAGUGCCCUUACCUAUUGCAUCAGAGGGCGAACUUCCAUCUCCGGCUUUGGCAUGUCAGAGGGGGAUAGCAAGAUGAGGAAACAGUCCUGCAUCUCUUGUAACAAUCCUACUGGCAUUCCAUUGACUGGGAGUUGAACUAUGGGGGCUGGGGGAUGUUUGAGUUUAAUUACCACACUGAAGCUAAACGUUGCUAACAUAAUUAACCAGGUGGACACAGGCCUAGAGAAACUGCUUGACAAAAUGACCACUGUGGGAAGAAAGUAACUUCAAAAGGAAAACAUUGCGGCUAGUGUUUCUCACUUUUUCCAUGGACAGUGGUUGGCCAUCCUGGCCCUCUCCCCAGUUCCUUGCUCUCUAGCAUGUUCUUUUCCAUUGUGGUUAUUCUUUUCUAGCCAAGUGCCAGGGCACACCUAGUUUUCUGGUGCUGAUGUUCUGGAUAGUGGAUCAUUUAAAUUCCCUUCCUUCUGCCAGGUCACCCUUGUGACCACUUCUCUCCAGAGCUCCUCAGUAUCAUUCAUACCAUAACUGCAAAGAAGUUGGCAUCGAUUUAUCCAGGCCUCAGCCACGCUCUCAAAGACCUGAUGGCCCAAGGACAAAGGACAGGAAAUCAUGCACUCUGAUUCCCCCAGCAACUGCCUUCUGUUCUGCCAAGGUACCAUUUCAGCUGGAGAGAGCUGGCUACGCACAGCCCUCCAAACACCCAACAUUGUGAUGGGGUCCUAACAGCCCCAACCAGUAAUAAAGCCCUCCCUUUCCACCUGCAAUGCGUAAAUUCACACCACUAGGGAGGAGUAUGGCCUUCCAUUAUUCAGAGUCCGUACAGAUUAUCCAACUGGCUCCUUUAGAAUGAAAAGUGCAAGAGCAGCAUCUUCCAAAUGUCAGGGCUGCACUUUCAGGUGAGCUUUGCUGCCUCUCUUCUCCACACGAGAGCAUUAAAUUGAUGUAUAAUAUUAGACAACGCUUUUCCGCUUGCUGUGCUCAGCUGCACAGAGCAGCAAAUCUGUUUAGAACAUGUUAGGACACAUCAGCUAUAAUGCAGAAUAAUCAUCAAGUAAGUGGCCAUUGUGAAAGGUGAAGACAGAUGUAGAAAAUACUUCCCAGCUGGAAGUAGGAGUUUCAACAGGAAGCCGUUGUAAGGUGACUUCUGUUUAGAUCAUAAUAAAAAAAGUGGGUUAACUUAGGUGAACUACUAUGAACUGAAAAUAGAAGAGGGCUAUACCAAAACGUCAGCUCCUGCUGACAAACUACACCAUUCCAAGCUUCAUUGAUACUAAACUGCAGAUAUUUCUCAAGGUUGAUUUUGAAAAUUCAUUUAAGAGAACUCCCUAGUGCAGGGGUUCUCAAACUGUGAUACUGCGACCCCCCUCUAAGUUGCUCGCGCCCCCCCCCGGGGUCAGCACCCACAGUUUGAGAAACGUGGCCCUAAUGCAUCAAUAUCCAAGGUAUUGGAUCAAUUGAUGCAGACUUCCUUCAAACAGCGAGCCGCUGCGGGAUGCCAAAGCUGCCUUUUUCAUAGAGUACCUUGUCCUAGCGGAGAAGGUGAUCGUCAAAAUCUUUGGGGAAAGGCUCUUCUAAGAGAGAAAUGAUUUCUUUUUAAAGUGUCUUCAGUGCUCAUGCACUGCUCAAUUUACAAGUGGGAAAGAAUGGCUUCCCCCUGCAGAGUUUCUGGGCUCUAAACACUGGGAGUUCUCUCUCUGAUCUCUGUUCUGCUGGGAGCUUUGCUGCUGCAUGAGGUUGGAGCGUAGCCAGCUUGCUCUUCCAUAGCAGUGUUGACUCUGCUGCCAGGGGCAAACAGACAUCAUUCAUUUGCUUUGGUCAGGCUCUACAUAUAAGACCUAACGCUGCUUCCCCAUGCUUCAUUGAGUAGGAAGCUGUUUUUAAUAGUCACUUUCCAUCCUAUAGCUAUACUUGAUGGUUCUUUUGGUUGUCAGGAUAUUUAUGAAGGGAAAAUAGCAUUGAAAGCUUAAUGUCUUCCAUCUAGUCCCCAUCUGUGGAAGGUUCAUGCCUUGGGGUGAGAGCAAGGACAUUGCUUACCUCCCAUGGCAUUCUCUGGGUAGCUACAACCCUGUGCUCUGGGGGUAGGACUUAAUCUUGCAAAUAAUUCCAGGGUGAUGCUGCCAAGAGUUCUGUGCACUGUUUGCAGAAUCUGGCUUGAAAUCAAUGGCCUGAUGGCUGGGCAUUGUCUAUUGUCAGACCCUCUAAUUGUAGGAUAUCGUGAGAUUGCAUCCCAGUAACUUCUACACACGCCAGCUUGGUGGUAUGGCUGAGCUUCAGGUCUCGCGUGUUCCCUCCUUUCUUAAAACACCUAGCGCAAGCUUUGUAUCUCUAGGCGCACUGACUGCUUGGACUAAGCUGUGAUGGUUUCAGUGGGUGCCAUGAGAAGUGCCACACACUCAACAGCUAUAGGAUAGAGAUGUACCAAGUCCUCAAUAUUUACAGUACCUUGGACAGUGAUUGCAGAGAUAUUAAUGAUGCUCACAACAGACUUUCUCCUAUAUCAUUUGGGCACAGCACCACUAUCCUCCACCUAACAGCCUGGGUUAUUAGCUGUUGUUGUGCACCUGAGGAAUUGAUUUGUGGUCAGGCCAAUCUGGAUCGGUGAUUGACCCUUACAUUGGAGAACACCCAUAAAUGCAAAUGGGAGUUGCACCUUCUCAUAAAGAGAAUGUAUGUUUCGCUGUUGUCAUCUUUGAAGUCGAACUUCUGCCUGUUCUCUGCACCCUAUGUCAUGUGAUAAUCUGAACCUUUGGCAUCCACCUCAGUCAUUAUCUGCUGCCCAUGUUAAACCCCCAAAAACUGCCCCAUAUGGUGCUUUGAGAUGAACUUCUAGUCAAGAAUUGGCACAUCUGUUUGAUAUGGUGCAUAGUUGCAUUUCAGUUCUGAAUAUACUUAUGCCCAUAUGAGUUUCUUUAGGUGGAUAUUCACUAAUCAUUUGCCUUACUGAACACCUGCAGUAGGAGACCUAGGCUGAGAGUUGCAGAAGAACAUUUGAAUCCCCAAUGGUCCUGCAGAGAUGCAUUCUGUGAGCUGUUGUGACAUUUUCAUGAGCAGGUAGAGGUCUACAUUGAAUACUCAUACAGCACUGACUGCGCUCUUAGGGCACACCACAUUAAUAACGAAUGCUCUGGGAUACUGACCCGAUUGUCUAUUUGCAUCUAUCACAUUUUCCUGCCCUACUUCCGUAGCUAUUCAGACUUCUUGUUUUGUUUUUAAUUUCCCUUCUCUGCCCCUUGGCAAUGUUAUGAUUCCUGGGUUGUUAAAUACGUAAGCACUGCUCUGUGAAUAAAUGAAUGGGUGAGCUUGUGAACCAUGACAAAUGUAGAAUUCCGCUGUAUGUAAUGUACAUAUGGAAAGAAUGUAUUUUAUUCAGUUUUUUUCUUAAUAAAAGUAUAUACCAACAGGA